UCCCUGGCAUGGAGACAGAAUGAGGGUUGGGAGGAGCCUGUCACUGCAGAGUUCAACUCGGGACAGACUAAAGGACAAAACAAGCAGGAAGGAGAGCAAAGGUAAAGACAGCAACAGACUACAGAAGUAAAUAAAGGCCGUGGUCAACGUAUCUGCUUCCUGAACAGGAAUGUCGUUGUCGGUCGCUGGGCGGGUGCUCGCCGCCGCCGCGUCGCAUUCGAGCCAUGAAGGAGGAGCAAGGACCUGGAAGAUCCUGACUUUCGUGCUGGCCUUGCCCGGCGUGGCCGUGUGCACGGCCAACGUCUACAUGAAGAUGCAGGGCCACUCCCACGAGCAGCCCGAAUUCGUGCCCUACGAACAUCUGCGUAUCCGCACCAAGAAAUUCCCGUGGGGAGACGGCAACCACUCGCUGUUUCACAACGCUCACACCAACCCUCUGCCCGACGGCUACGAGAGUUCCCACCACUGAAGGGUCAAGUCAGUGUCAUCCUGCACUGGAUUCUAAACAUUAAAAGACGACAGUAUGUUCCAA